AUGAUUGAACAAUCCACAGUGGAAGCAGCCGUCCAAGAAUGUAGCCAGGCAUCAGAUGAAACUAUAGAAAAUGUUUUCAACAUCAUUGGAGCCUUCGAUAUUCCACGUUAUAUUUAUAAUUCAGAAAGAAAGAAGUUUCUACCUCUGUCAAUGACCAACUUUCCUGUACCAAAUUUAUUUGGAACUGCCAGAGAUAAAGCGGAGUUGUUUCGUGAACGCUACUCCAUCUUACAACAGAGGACUCAUAGACAUGAGUUGUUUACUCCUUCAGCAGUCGUUGCUCAUCCUGAUGACAGUGGGAGCAAAUUCCAGCUUAAAACAGUAGAAACUCUGUUGGGCAAUACAGCUAAAGUGGGAGAAGUGAUUGUGCUUGGGAUGAUAACUCAGCUCAAGGAGGGGAAAUUUUUCCUAGAAGACCCUACAGGAGUCGUCCAGCUAGACCUUAGUAAAGCACAGUUCCACAGUGGUUUAUAUACUGAAUCAUGCUUUGUUUUGGCAGAAGGUUGGUAUGAAGAUGAAGUUUUUCAUGUGAACGCUUUUGGAUUUCCGCCUACUGAACCUUCUGCUACCACUAGAGCCUUCUAUGGGAAUGUAAACUUCUUUGGAGGGCCUUCUUCAGCUUCAGUAAAGGCUUCUGCAAAAUUAAAGCAGCUGGAGGAUGAAAAUGAAGAUGCCAUGUUUGUGUUUGUUUCUGAUGUAUGGCUGGAUCAAGCAGAAGUACUGGAAAAGCUUCACACAAUGUUUUCGGGUUAUUCCUCUGCACCUCCAACCUGCUUUUUCUUUUGUGGAAAUUUUUCAUCUGCACCAUAUGGAAAAAAUCAAAUUCAGUCACUGAAAGGUUCCUUGAAGGCUCUUGCAGAUAUGAUAUGUGAAUAUCCCAGCAUUCACAAAAGUCGAUUUGUGUUUGUUCCUGGCCCUGAAGACCCUGGUCCUGGUUCUAUUUUACCAAGACCUCCUCUGGCUGAAAAUAUUACUGAGGAAUUCAGACAGCUGGUGCCAUUUUCAGUUUUCACCACAAAUCCUUGCAGGGUUCAAUAUUGCACUCAAGAAAUAAUUAUCUUUCGUGAAGAUUUGGUAAACAAGAUGUGCAGAAACUGUGUCCGCUUUCCUAGCAGCAACAUGGAUAUUCCCAACCAUUUUGUAAAGACUAUAUUGUCACAAGGACAUCUGACGCCACUUCCGUUGUACGUCAGCCCUGUGUACUGGGCCUACGACUACGCCCUGAGGGUAUAUCCUCUGCCAGAUAUGCUCGUCGUUGCAGAUAAAUACGACCCGUUCACCGUCACCAACACCGACUGUCUUUGCAUAAAUCCCGGUUCAUUUCCAAGAAGUGGAUUUUCAUUCAAGGUAUUCUACCCCUCCAAUAAGACAGUUGAAGACAGCAAGCUUCAGGGUCUCUGAAUUUCUGCGGGACUGCAAAAAGGGAGGAAACCUUUGUGAAGCCAGCUGCAGCCGGAUUUCAGAUGGAUUGGUUUUAUUAUGUAUUACCCGCUGGUUAUAAUAAAUGUCAAGGCCAAAAAUGGUAGAUUUUGUACCCAAAUAAACUUUUACA